CAGUCUGUCUGUCCGUCGGCCAACCCGUCGCUCGCGCGUUGGCGGCAAAACGAUAUCAUUGUUGUUAUUAUUACGACCGCCGCCGCGUCCGUGUUGUUGAAACCAUCGUUUUGCGUUAAAUACUCGUACGUGAACAGCAGCAGCUAGUCGCCGAGUGCGAUUGCGGUGCGCGAACGUGUAAUAACUGUAUUAUUAUUAUUAUUACGAUACGAGUGUGUGAUUUUUUUUGACAUUUUUUUUUUUUUUUUUUUUUAUCAUUCCGACGUUAAACGCAGAGUACGGUAUCAAUAAUUGUACGCCCAUGAACGGGUAGGCAACCGGUUAGCGGUAACCGGUGUGCGGAUUCGGUGCCCGAACUGCAAUAGCACCCGUGCACGCGCGCGAUCUUUCGAAUGGUAGUCAUACUUAUCGUGCCGCCGCCGUCCAGUAACGCUGGCCAUGGGGGGAGGUGCGAGCCGGCUAAAAGCCCUGGCGACAGGUCCACCUCGACCACGUCCAUAUCGUUCGUGUCAUCUGAUAACUCGUCGUAUUGUUGUUUUUCGCAGGUCGAUCCGGACAAUUUGAUCGCCACCACCAAAGAAGAAGAAUGGGUGACUAAGAAAAAAGUCGAAUUGACGACGAAAAAACAAAUCGAAACAAGAGUUAAAAGACAAGUCGUCUUAGAAGACGGGAAAAUAGUCGAGGAUUCCGGGCCAAUCGUAACGACUAAUACGACCGAAGACACAGAAAAACAAGAACAUCAACAAACUGAGCAUCGUCAGCUCGGAGAUGAAGGAGACGGCGAACAAACCAAAGAAGUGGUGGUGCGAAUAUCUUCUUUGGAAGGUAACCCGUCGCUAUUGAAAGAAGUGAGGGAGAAAAAAAUCAAAAGCCGAGAAGAAAAAGAAGAACUUGUGGAAACGGAGGAUGUGGUGCAUCUCGGGAACAUCAGUGAUAAGGCUUAUCAAGAAGCAGUACAGAGUAAACGAGACAUUCGCGAAGCACUCGAAGAAGCCAAUCACAAGUUAGUACACGUAAACAGUACUGGACCAAGAAUAGUGCAUCAAAGCACCAAAAAUAAAAAAGUCACAGAUACGGAAGAUACAAGACAUACAAGAGAAGUUCAAAAAGACGGAAAAAUCGUUACUGAAACAUCAAAAACUACUGAACAUGAGGAGGUAAACGGAACUGACGAACCGGACAGUGUACCACUGCCGCCAUCGGCACAACACGAGUCGUUGCGCGAGAGCUCGCAUCGGUACGCCAAGACCAAGGACCAAGAGUUGGUGGAAUAUCUGGCGGACGGCGAGAAGAUCGGCGAGCAAAUGCGCUACGAGGCGGUCAAUGAGGAAGGCGAUCGGCUGGGCGACGUCGAUCAACUGCGGAUGAUGGCGAACGCGGGCGAGUUGGCCGGCUGGGACAGCUUGUCGGAGAGGAUACGCAAGAUGCGCGAUAAACAGCAGCAGCAGCAAGCACCGGUGGGUGGCAAAACGCUCGCGGACUUCGACGAAGAGGAACGCACCAGGAAGGUGGAAACGGCCAAGUGGCUGGAACACCAUUUCGGCAGCGAGUCCACUAGAUCGUCCACGGGCAAUUUGUCCGACGAAGAAGAGGACGACGACCGCGGCGGUCGUCAGAAGACCACGUCCAACAGUUUCAUCAACGUGACCAUGAAGUCGGCGGAGACGUCGUCGCCGCCGCCGCCACCGCAGCCGGCCAACGGGUACUUCAAAGGCGUGUCCGAGUGGAAGACGAAGGAUCCAAUACCCGUCCGGCCGCCGGUGAGGAGGAAACGGGAGCAGCGGAAAACCGAGAUCGUCAGAACCGCGUCGGCGACCAACGAACUGGAGUCAUCGCCGUUGUUCAAUUCGGUGCAGCAGAGGGUGCAGGGAUAUGAAAUGACAAAGGAAAAGUUGUCCGGACGGAACGCAAUCAACGGUUACACCACUCAGUCGCAUCACAACGGAUACGUUCAGUCGGAUCGUACCACUCCGGACAGACAUUCCAAGGCGGAAUCGCCGGCGCCGGACCCGUACCGUUCUUGGGACCACCGGAGGCGGCGGUCGGCGGACAGCAAUCACCAUCAGCAGCGGUCGGCCGUGGCGCCGGAACCGAAACCCGACUACUCGCCGGAACCGGAGCGCCGGGCCAGCAACGGGUCCGCGGCGGGACGGUCCAAGAAGGUGUACCAGAAGACGAGGUUCGCGGCGGACGCGGCCGCCAGACCAGCGUACGUGCCGGCGGUGUCGUCGGGCGGUGGCGGUGGCGGCGGCGGCAACAACAACAACAACAAACACGAGCGGAAGAAAUCGUUUGGCGAAUCGUUCCGGCGGCUGGUGGGCAAGUUCACGGGCACCGGAGGCGGCAAGUCUCAAGACGAUCGGAAGAAAAACCGUAAGAAGCCGGAACCGGCCGAGCUGCGGCGGCGGGAGCGGCGGCGGCGGUCCGGGAGCGGCAGUGGCGACGAUUACGAGGACGACGACGACGACGACGGCGGCGACAACGACGAGAACACCUACAGGAGUUACGACGGCGGCGUUCGGCCCACCGCUGCGGACCAUCACCAUCAGCGGUUGUUCGGCAGCACGCAGACGUUGGACCGACACCGAGCCGGACGGACCGACCGCGGCAAGACGCGCGACCGCUACGACGACGACCGGUUCGACGACGACCGCUACGACGACGACGGCGACGACGCGCGGUACGACGGGGACCACCAUAAUAACCACCACGAUCGCCGCGCCGAGGAACAGGCCAACAUGAACGGCAGGAACGGGAACGUGCAGAGGUAUUACCUGGGCGAGGACCCGUUCGGCGGCAGUAUCUACGGCCGCGAGCGCGAGUACGACGGUGUUGCGUACAACAAGCGCCGGCCGCAGCACAAGAAGAACUCGUACGAGUCGCAGCACACGCAGCAUUACGUACAGAGGACCAUACCGGUGAACACAACUUCUACCACGUUGGGUAGAUUGAGCAAAUCGACGGGACGUUUGUUGGCGGACGAUUACAACGGCGGCGGAUCAGACAGAGCACAGACGCUGCCGAGAAAACUCAGAACGGAGAGCAAAAUUAAAAAGCAGGUUUACUCGUCGUCCAGGGAGAACGACCACGCGGGCCUGAACCGGUCGGCCAACUCGGGCAGCAUGAUCAACGUGUCGUUCGCCAACGGGCCGGCCAAGCCGCAGCGAACGUUCUCGAAGCCGUCGCUGUUGCGCAGCCAGAGCUUCAACGUGCAACCGGACGCGGCGGGGCUGCAACACUCGCGCCGGUCCGUGAGCACGUUGCACCGGCUGGAGGAGUCGCCGCCACCGCUGAAGAGCCCGAACAUUGUGAGCAGCAUCGUGAGCCGCAGCACCAAGGACCUGUCGGUGGCCGCGGACGACGGGUACCGGUCGCUGUCGGGCAGCUGGGCCAGCCCGGGUGAGCUGAGCAACAACGGCGCGCAGGGUCCGUACUACCGGCGGGACGACCCGAAGAAAAAGAUCUUCAUGAAGGGACUGCUGGACCACGCGCCCGAGCUGUACAAGACGCUCAGCCACCAGGACGAGGAUCGCAGCGGCAGGAGCACGCGGUAUUCGCCGGUCAAGAUGACGACCGCGUACGACCGGCCUUACUCGAGCAGCGGAAACUCGUCCUCGCCCACCACCGCGACCAAGCACAACCCGGGCGAGGUGACCAAUCGCAGCGUGACGCGCCGCGGCAGCAAGGACGAUUACACCGAGACGGUGCGCAUCACGUCCAAGUCGGACGACCCGUACCGGCCGAGCGUCACCAACACGGUGCAGAACUUCACCAAGAAGACGGUGCCCCGGGACGGCCGGGUGGAGACGAUCGAGUCGACCGAGACCAAGACGGUGACCAAGAGCCGGUACAACGGGAGCGGCGGCGGCGACACGAUGAGCAGCAAGAUCAACGGGUUCAACGGCAACGGCGGCGUGGUGAUCGAGGUCAGGAACGGCAGGAACUGAUGCCGACCACCACCAUACCAGCACCUGACCAGCUUAUGCGGAGUACAGCGAUGGCGCGACGUGUUCCGCGCCCAGGGCCGAUACGGUACACGGGCGCGGCCGAUCCGUUGUUGUUGUUGAUCGCGCGCGCGCAAAAAUAUCUAUUAACUGAAUAACCUCUAGUACACGUCCGAACGGAUGUCAUCGGCGUUUUUUACACUCGUCGUAAUACACCAGCUCGUAUCGCGUACGACAGCGUCGCGCAUGUACUAUAUUUUAGCCGUCGGUACCUAAUUUCAUACUCUAUACCAUUUAAUAAUAUAUGUAAUAUUGCAUGUAAGUAAUACGAGAUUUACCUCGUCUAAUGUUGUUCUUGACUCGUACAGCGUCCGAGAUCGGAUGCGAAUAAUAUUUUUAUAUACCUUAUUUAUACUAAUGCAAAACAUAAAAUCGUCCAGACUAAUUUAUUAUUAAUAGGUUAAAUUCUUUGUAGUUAAUCGUACGGAACGUGUAAAUAAUUAUCGUUUUAUUUUCCGUAUCUUUCUCUCUCUAUCUUUCUUUCCAUGCGAUUACAUACAUAUCUAUCUGUGUGUAUACAAUAACAUAAACGGCUCAACAAUUUGUGAAAUUUGUAUUUUUUUAAAUUUUUUUUUGUACAACAGACGAUUUAAAUAAACGUGAGAGUUUAACUA